AUGGCUAAAAGUAAAAAUCACACCAACCAUAACCAAAAUCGUAAAGCUCACCGUAAUGGUAUUAAGAAACCAAAGACAUAUCGUUAUCCUUCUUUAAAAGGAGUUGAUCCUAAAUUUAUUAGCAAUCAACGAUUUGCAAAGAAGGGAAAUAUUGCUGCCUUAAAGAGUCAACAACAAGAAGUUGGAAAUUGA